AUGCCUUCUAUUUUCGGGACAAAGAAGGUGGACAGGUCGCCUGUCUUUACAGAAGACGACAUCAGGAAGUUGAUCAUCUCGUUCCCUCCCCCGGAACCUCGACCUGGAAAAGAAAGCCUUGUUCGCAGUCUAUCUGGCCGUAGUCUCGUUCGAUCUGAUGCAGUCAUCAAGCGUUUCCACUCUCUUCUUAAAAAUGCUAGUGGACCUAUCUUCUUGAACAGUCUGCACAACGAGCUCGGAGUACAGGAUGUUCAAUGGCUCUUAAACCAGGAAGACGAGCGAAUCUGCUACAGCAGAGAUCGCAGACGACUCUUGCCUGAAAGCACGCAGAAGGCUAUAUAUCAUGGUAUUCAGAGGGAGCUGUCCAAUGGUGGUGCCGACUUGAACAGCAUUGCCACUGACAAGGAUGUUACACCUACCACACUUCGACGUAUGCUUACUGCACAAGAUGCUGCUCUGUCUCUCAAGGAUCUGGAAGACGGAAAGACUUAUGACUCGAGUUUCCUGGAAAAGCUCAAGAAUGAGCUUUCAAAGACUAUCGAAGGUGCUCAAAAUGCAGUUGUGCUUAGCGACACUUUCCCUCAGGUUCCCGCUUCUUGGUUGGAAUCGACAGCCGAGAGCCUAGUAUCGACAAAUGGCGAUGACGGUCAGGGUGUGGUCGAAAUGACGUCCGGCGGUCUACGCUACACGCCACAGUCACUACUAGUACAACAUGAGAGCGAACUCAAGCAAACCCAAGAUGCCUAUAUCAGAAAGGCUGUGGAAGAGCUGGCCACAAAUGGAUAUUGUGAGGUGACUGGAAGUUCUAGACCACAGAUUCUACAGACAGCUGGCGACUCGGAUCUCACACAAGCCAUUCUGGAGGCAGAUGCUCGGAAGAGUUCGAGCUCAGAAAUUGUUCAAUUGAGCACCAGAGAGUCGUCAUUCUUGAUAACACAAGAAGCCCUUUCUAUCAGGACAUCCGCUAUCGCUACCAAAGCCGAGGGUCUAGCCACAGAGCAGUGGCCUACCAGACGCGCGGGUGAAGAUGUGGUCUUUGACUUCAAAAAGCUGCUCGCCUCCAGCGACGUAUCAUCUCUCGACCUCGCCAUCCUCGAAUCUAGCGAUCCAGAGAACAGGAUAAAGUCAGCCUUCGAAGCCCAGAUCCUCAAACUUCAGCAAGAAACAGCAGACAAAUUUGCAACAACCGUCCAAACCGACCUACUGACACCCUUGAAACUGUAUACCCAAGCCGCCGACACAAUCGCAGACACCACACUCCAACCCCGCGUCCAAGAAUUCAUCUACGACUGGUCUCGCAAAGAACUAAUCCAGGAAACCCUCCGCACCAUCAAAGACUCUAACCUCAUCUCUUCAAAAUCCACAUCCAGAGACGUUGAUAAAUUCUCUGAUGCAGUACAAGCAGCAAAAACACUAGAAGACAUUCUCACCGCAACUGCAAAACUGGCCAGAAAGCAAAAAAUCGAUCAACCUUCUGCUUCUUUACUUUUCAGUACCAAGCAAGAGAUCUUGGGGCAGAAGGUGGCGGGGAUGAGGAAGUUGAAGAGGGCGAGUGAUUUGUUGCAGAAUGUUAUUUGGAUCUUGUUGGCGGGGAAGAGGGAGGGGUUGUAUAUGAGUUCGGGCAAGGAUACUAGUAGGAUGAUCAAGAUGGUCAAGGAAGGGGAUGCAGAGGCUGGUGUGAAGUUGGAAGAGUGGAGGAAUUUGAUCAAACAGGGCGGAGAUACUGAGGACACGAGAAGGGAGAUGAGAGACGUGGCUGCUGAAGCGGUUGAUGAGUUUAAGGACAUUCUCAAGGCCACAUCGGACGAAAAGGACAAAACUACGGAAGAGCCAUAG